AUGGCAACGAGAGAUGGCCGCCACCCGGAGUGGACAUGCGGGGCUUGCGCCAAGACGGGCACAUCGUGUUCGAACUGGGCCAGCCGGACCGCGUGCCGCCGCUGCGGGGUGGCCAGGAAGAAGCAGAAACCAAGCCUGGUCGUGUCCUACGGGGGCGAGGGCAGCAGGAGGCCAGCCCACUGGGGACCGUGGGUGGACAAGCCCUCGGCCUGGCAUCGGGGUGGCGCCACCCUCGCCGAGCACAUCCGGGGCAAGGCAGGGUCUGAGGCGUCGGCGGUGCAGGACGCGGACGGUUCGCUGCCCCUCCUGCUCGACCAGGAUGUGCUGGAGAUCGAGGCUGCUGGCGUCGAGGCGCAGGUCGCGCAGUACGACCUCGGGGACAAGCCAGUCGAGGAGUGGGGGGCCAAAUUUGCCUCACUCGCCUGGCGGCACCGCCAGGUGGCCGAGAGUAAAGCAAAGCUGGCCGCCCCCAAGGAGGCGCCCAAGCUGCAGAACGUGCUGCACCGCAAGGCGGAGGGAGAGCAGAAGGUCGCGAAGACCAAGAAGCGGCUGGAGGCGCUCAGGGAGGAGCUGGCGGCCACCCAGGCGAAGCUGGACGCCGAGAUCGUCGUCCUGGAGCGGCAGGAAGCUUCGGUCAAGGAGCUCGCGGAGACCAUGGCCAAGCUCGUUGCGCGCGAGGCGGAGCCGCCGGCCCCUGCGCCGCCUUCGCCGGGCAACCUCGAGCGCCAAGUGCUCGAGUUCGUCAAGGACCUCGGGGAUGACGACCAGAUCCUCAACCUCGUCACUGCCCGCCUGGCGGCCCGCGCUGAGGAGGCAGCCAAGGCCGCCGCUGCCGCAGCAGAGGCUGCAGCUGCCCAGGAGCGCGAGGCCAAGGCUCAGCGCGAGAGUUGCGAGCAGCGAGGAAGCAGCGGCGUGACGAGCUGGAAGCUGCUGGCUUCAAGCGCAGGCGUGUGGGGGCUGGAGGCGCCGCCGCCCCAGCAGCCCCUGCUGCUGCCCGUGGUGCAGGAAAUGGCAAAAAAGGCGGGUAGGAGGCAGCGGCCGAAGCGGCCCUCGGACUUCGUGGUGGUCAGCGCCAAUGGGUCGGGAUGGGGGCCCUUGACGGCGCUGUGGACCACGGAGCCCACCAAGAGCAGCCACGCCGCGAGCUGCUGGUGCGUCCAGGAGACGCAGCUCUUCCCGAAGCGUCUUGCCGCAGAGGAGCAGUGGUGCCGGCAGCAUGGCCUGGCUGUGGCGCUGACGGCGGGCGUGGCCCGCCCGGGCUCCAACGACGUGGAGCAGAAGAAGGGCGCCUCGGGGGGCACGGGCGUGCUCGUCCGCAGCUUCCGCGGCAUGACGGAGCCGGCAGCGGCGGGCUCGCGGCACGUGGAUGCCGACGGCAGGUGCACGGCGGCACUGGUCAGCGGGUUGCAGAGAGGCGGCGUGCUGAUAGCCAGCGUCUACCUGGCCAACGACGCCCUGGGCGAGCGCUCAUGGGAGGUCCUCACGCACCUGGACGAGGUGGCGCGGGGGGCCCGCCGUCCUUUCAUCAUCGCAGGCGAUUGGAACGUCGGCCCGAAGGUGCUGUGCGAGAAGGCCUCGGCGUGGCUGGAGGCCAUCCGCGGCACGGUCGUCUCCAACGACGCGGACCAGGGAACGUGCCAGUACAGCCUGGAGCAGGCCUCACACUUGGAUUUCUUCGUGGUGUCCAACGACCUCCUACACCGCCUGCAGGGCUGCGCGGUGCUGCCUGGGCCCUUCAGGCCACACUCUGCGGUGAGGCUGCAGCUGCGCGCGCAUGGCGGCCUGCCACUGGAGCGGCGCUUGGUGGCCCCGCUUGCCUUCCCGGCCCAGCGCGCGGCUGGCCCGCUCAUGCCGCCCCCCCCUGUGCCGCAGGCCGUGGUGCGGGCGUGCCAGGAGGCCGAUUCCUUGGAGGCGCUCAACGGGGCCUUCCAGCAGUUGAUGGAGUCGCUCGAGGCGGAGCUCGUGAUCGUCCACCAGCUGGAGCCCGAGAAGGCGGGCCGCUAUCAGGGCAGAGGCGGCGUGCCUCAGUUCCGCUGGAAGGCGCCCCACCUGGAUGGAAAGGGAGCGGGGCCCUGCUCCACCCCGCGGCCCAAGGCAUGCGCGGAGGCCCGCUACCUGCUGGCGGCGGCGGACUACCUCGCGCUGGUGCGCAGGGGCGCCACGGCCCGCCGGCCGACGAUGGCGCUCAAGGCAGUAUCCGAGCAGUGGGGCGCGCGCGUCGGGCUGGCGCCGGGCACGCACCCGGAGAUCGUCCGAGAGUGGGAGGCGGAGGCGCGCAAGGCGGCAGACAACCUCACUUCUGCCUUCUCGUACCAGCGGCGCAAGGAGUUCUGCGAGUGGAUUCGCACGUCGCUGGCUGCUGGCGGGAAGCAGCUGCACUCGUACAGGCGUGGCCCGCGCGGCUGGGUGCCAGACGAGAUCAACGCCGCCCACCGCGGACCUGGGGGUGGACAGGAGCGGGUCGACCUGGUCGCAGAGCACUGGGCGAGCGACGUCUGGACGCACCAGCCGGCGGGGCGUCGGGGCGGCAGCGACCUCAGGGCGCAGUCGGGAUCGCAGCAGCGGCCCCCCGACGGCCCGGAGGCCCCGCACGCCCCUCCCGAGGAUUUGUGUCCCGAGAUGCCUGAAGCCUCGGGACGCAACCGCGCGGGCGGCGGCGGCGCCGGGGGCCCGCCCCAGGGCCCCUGCGGCACGGUCAGCAGCCUCCCCGCCGCGGAGUGCAACCUGCUGGAGUGGACGGAGGGGCUGGAGGCGGACAUGGGCUGCGUCGUCUCCCGCUCCAAGUCGCAGGUGCUGGCCUCAUCGAGCGAACUGAGGGACGCCCUGGUGAGGAUCAUAAACCAGGGGGAACUCCAGCAGGCCGAGGAGGCGCGAAACCUGGGCGUGGACUACGGCGCGGUGGCAGGCGCUGCGGCGGCGGCUACCAGGCGCCACGUCAAGGCGGCGGAGCAGUCCGCUAGCAUCGCCCAGGCCUGGGGCGCGCACAUCCCCAGCGCGCGCAGGCUUGUGACGGCCGGCUCGCUGCCGGCCACCGAGUUCGGGCGCGGGGCCAUGGCCUGGUCGGACAGAAGGCUGCAGCGGUGGAGGUGCCAGGUGGCCGCGAUGCUUUUCGGGCGCGCGCCCGGGCGCAGCGUCGCCCUCAGCUUCCUGGUCUCGACCUCGGUGCGCGAUGACCCGCUGUUCCAGCACGUCUUCAAGCCCCUGGAUGCGUGGGCCAAGGGCUUGCAACUGGCCACUCGCCUGCAGGACCGAAGAGCCAUCAUGAGCGCGUUCAUGGGGGCGAAGGAGGUCGAACAGGACAAGGGGCCAGCCGGUCUCGCAGCGUCAGGGCCAGCGGGCGCUGCGUUGCUGGCAUGCCGCAGGCUGGGAUGGCAUAUGACGUCCGUCAAGCUGGUCCGAGACGACCUCGAACGCACGGUGGACCUCAUGGAGGUCGGGCACCAUACCAUCAAGGGCCUCGUCGAGUCGGGGCUGGUCAGGGCGCUGUGGCGCGAAGUGGCAGACCACCACUCGGAGCUGGAGGCGGUCCGCCGGGGUGGCGCCAUCGCGAGCGCGCGGUGCAAGUUCCUGGCGAAGAAGGCCUCGGCGCGAGUAGCAGCGUGCAGCUCUUCGGCCCGCAACGCCAUGGUAGGCUGCUUGUGGCCGGUUGCGCGGCGCGCGAGGGCGAGCCCGCCGCUCGCGUCCUCGGCUCGCUGCCCAUGGGGCUGCGAGGAGGCGGGCACCGUGCGGCAUUUGGCGUGGCGCUGCCCUGUACUGGAUGGACCGCGCCGCCUCCAGCGCGGGGAGUCGCCCAGCUUCGCGGUGCUGCAGGAGGCGGAGGCGGCAACCCCCAGCGACGGCGAGGAGCAUUUCACAUGGUCGCGGGGGCUCCUGGCCGAUCCGAGGUCGGAGGCGCCGCAACCCUUCCUGACCAUCGUCGUUAGGCGCGCGGGCAGCCACCCAGGCGACGUCAUGGUGCGAGAGGUGUUCCUGGAUGGUUCGGCAGUGCGCACCCGCGACCGCCAGCUGGCUCGAGCGGGCUGGGCCGCGGUGACGACGUGGGCCAAUAACACCGAGCGCACUGCCAUGUGGGGGAACGUGCCGUGGCCGCUCCCGCAGGACAGUGGCGCGGGCGAGCUGCAGGCUGCGGUCAUGGCCCUUCAUCAUUGCAUCGGCCCGAUCAUCAUUUACACGGAUUCGUCCCUGGUCUACGACGGAUGGAUUGCGGGGAAGCGGUGGUGCACUGCAUGGAGGAGGGCGUAUCGCGAGCUGUGGCGCCAGUUCUGGCGGCUCGUCGAGGACCACGGCAGCGACAACAUCGGCGUUGUGAAGGUCAAGGCGCACUGCACGGAGUACGACGUCCGCGAGGGGCGCAUCUCCGACCGGCAGCGCGCGGGGAACGCCAGGGCCGACGGUCGAGCGAAGGAGGGCGCCAGCCUCCACGCGGUCCCGCAAGAGCGGCUCGACCUCAUUGACCUGGCGGACGACCUGGCCCUGGAGCUGACCUCGUGGAUUGGCACGGCCAUGCAGGAGGGCGACUCGCUCCUCAGGGCGCCCGACGGCUACGCAGCUCCAGGUCUGGAGGCCGUCCGAUGCGCUUGGCCUGGGUGCCGCCAGAGGCCCAAAGCUGAUUGCGGCGUACAGGGCCAGCGGUGCGCGGGGCGAGCGUGCGACCGCCACGGCACGGCCUUGGAGAUGGCUGGAGGCGUGCGCUGGAGCUGCUGGGAGUGCGCCGACGACGGGGUGGCGAUCCAGGGCGGCCGGGCGGCUGUCAGCGGCGGCGGCGGCCAGGCGGGCAGCGCGGCGGCGGCGGCCAUCGCGGUGGCGACCGUCGGGGCGGCGCUGGCGACCCAGGCCGCUGGCCAGGCGGGCGGCGGCGACGAGGUCGACGAGGCCGCCGCUGAGGGCCCAGCGCCCGGCGCAUCCCAGGGCGCCUCCGUCGGCGACGGGGCGGCGCCCGCUGCUGGCGAGACCCCGCGGCUGACGCAAGGCGGGGAGAGCGCCGCGGCCGCCCCGCCUUCGGCCGGUUCUGCAGGCGCGGCCCCGCGGGUGGCGCACGGCGCGGCCGCCGGCACCCCAGCCCGAGGACGGGCGCCGCCGCCCGCGCGGGAAUUGGCCGAGUCCAGGCCCGACUCGGCCACACGCCGCGCGGGCGGGAGCGACGCGGCAGACGUCGGGGACCAGGCGGCCGCCGGGCGGGCUGCCGCCGGGGGCGCCCCAGGGGCCGGUGGGCGCGCUGGUGGUGCGGCCGCGGGGGCCGCCGAGCCUGGUCCUGCGCCCGCCGCCGCCGCCCUCGCUCGGGCCCGCGGGGGCCGCGGCCGCGGCCGCGGACGCGGGCGUGGCGCCGCGCAGGCUGCUGCGCCUGCCGCUGGCGCGGCUGCUGGAGGCGGCGGCCAGGCGGCGGCCGUGCCUCCCCCGCCGAGGCCGCCGUGGUGGAAUGCGGCCAUCCACGACACGCGCGUGCUCUACGUGGCGGGGCCGCGCGUGUUCUGCAACGUGUGCGGCUGCAGCGCGGCGUCGGCGAGGGUCAUGGGCCUGGCGGAGCCGUGCCUGCGCCGCGCGACGUCCGACAGGCAGGCGGACGCCCUCCGCCGCAUGCGGCGCGGGCUGCACCCGACGCAGACGGGCUGGCUCGGGGAGCCCGAGGCGCUGCGCGGGCGCCAGCGCAGCCGCUCACGACGCUGA